AUGGCGACGCACGCUGGACCGUGCUUCUCCGCCGCUGUGCUGCCUUUGCUCCUCGGUUUCCUGCUUCUGCGAGGAGCACCGUCGCGCGCCGCUGAUACAAACACCGUCGCCGUCGGCCAGCCGCUGUCAGGCCGAAAGAGGCUCGUGUCCAAGCGCGGCAAGUUCGCGCUCGGCUUCUUCCAGCCUGCAGAAUCAUCGCGGCACUGGUACCUCGGCAUUUGGUACAACCAAAUCUCCGAGCACACCACGGUGUGGGUCGCCAACCGGGACGCGCCGCUCUCCGACCCGGCUUCCUCGCAGCUCUCUAUCUCCAGCGACGGCAACAUGGUCCUCCUCCACGGCGACCGUGCCAAGUCCCCGGCACUCUGGUCCACCGGCGUCGCCAGCAUUCCACCCAGCAGCUCCACGGUCGGCGUCCUGCUCGACACGGGCAACCUCGUCCUGACGGACGCGUCCAACACCUCAGUCGUGCUGUGGCAGAGCUUCGACCACUUCGGGGACACGUGGCUGCCGGGCGGCAGGCUCGGCCGGAACAAGCGCACCGGCGAGGUCACGCGCCUGUUCGCGUGGAAGGGCUACGACGACCCGGCGCCGGGCGUGUUCGCCCUGGAGCUCGACCCGAACGGCACGAGCCAGUACCUGCUCAACUGGAACGGCAGCAUGGAGUACUGGACCAGCGGCAACUGGACCGGCGACGGGUUCACCGGCGUGCCGGAGCUGAAGGCCUAUAGCAACUCCCCGAUGUCCAUGUACAACUUCGGCUACGUCGACGGCAAGGACGAGAGCCACUUCUUCUACGACGUCAAGGACGAGGCCGUCGUGACGCGGUUCCUGGUCGACGUGACGGGCCAGAUCAAGUUCCUGACGAGGAGGAGGAGGCUGAAGGCGCAAAGGAGAGUCGUGGAAGGUUCGCUGAUGCCGUUCACGUACCGCGACAUGCAGUCCGUGACCAACAACUUCUCGGACAAGCUCGGCGGCGGCUCCUUCGGGUCGGUGUUCAAAGGGUCGCUCCCCGACGCGACCGCGACGCUGGUCGCGGUGAAGAAGCUCGAGGGCGUGCGUCAGGGGGAGAAGCAGUUCCGCGCGGAGGUGAGCACCAUCGGCACCAUCCAGCACGUCAACCUCAUCCGGCUGCUCGGGUUCUGCUCCGAGGGGACACGGAGGCUGCUCGUCUACGAGCACAUGCCCAACGGCUCUCUGGACAGGCACCUCUUCUCGUCCGGCCCCGGCCCCGGCCAUGGCGUCCUGAGCUGGGAGACGAGGUACCAGAUCGCUCUGGGCGUCGCGAGGGGACUGGACUAUCUGCACGACAAGUGCAGGGACUGCAUCAUACACUGCGACAUCAAGCCGGAGAACAUCCUCCUGGACGACGCGUUCGCCGUGAAGGUAGCGGACUUCGGCCUCGCGAAGCUCAUGGGCCGGGACAUCAGCCGCGUGCUGACGACGAUGAGGGGCACGGUGGGGUACCUCGCGCCGGAGUGGAUCACCGGCACGGCCAUCACGGCCAAGGCCGACGUGUUCAGCUACGGCAUGCUGCUGUUCGAGAUCGUGUCCGGCAGGAGGAACGUGGAGCAGCGGCCGGACGGCACGGUGGACUUCUUCCCGUCGGCGGCCGCGAGCCGGCUCCUGGAUGGCGACGUGAAGAGCACGGUGGACAGGCGGCUCGACGGCGACGCAGAGGUUGGCGAGGUGGAGCGGGCGUGCAAGGUGGCGUGCUGGUGCGUGCAGGACGAGGAGGGCGCGCGGCCGAGCAUGGGGACGGUGGUGCAGGCGCUCGAGGGGCUCGUCGAUGUCGGCAUGCCGCCUGUCCCGAGAAUGCUCAAAGUGCUCGGGGAUCCAGCCAACUACGUCAAGUUCUUUUCAGGGUUGCCGUCGACGUGA